AUGCCUAUUUCUCCGUUGGAUGAUAACAGUAUUCAGUUCUACUACGAUGACAGCGGCGCGCCCGCUGGUUUGGAUAACUAUGCUACCUUCGUGCUGGUACAUGGCGGCAUCUUUCAUUCGCCAAUUUUUACCCCCAUGUUCGAGCACGCCGCGAAGUAUGACUUGCGCCUAGUAGCUCUAAAUCUCCGCGAUUAUCCCUACACCACACCCUUGUCUACUGCCGAGCUGGAUGCACUGAAAGGCGAGAAGGAAGCUCAGAGGGCUCAAGUCCGAGCCUUCGGUUCAGAGAUCGCUUCUUUCCUUGCGUGGUAUGUCCAACACGAGCACAUUCCACCAAUCGCUUUCUCGCCUAGCGGGGACUCAAUAUCUGGAGGUAUAGCGCUGCUGGGAUGGUCUAUGGGAAAUUGUACAACCAUCUCUAUGCUGGCAAAUGCAGAUAACUUGCCGGAAGAUAUUCAGAGGCGGCUUGGCCGCUACAUGAGGACAUUAGUCAUCUACGAUCCCCCCUGCUUUGCUCUCGGGAUGCCGGAUGCGGGACGUUUCAUACCUAAAGCUCUUGACUUGCAGACAGGUCCUGAAUACGACAUGGGGCAGAUGUUUUCUCUCUGGGUGUCCAGCUAUUAUGCCCAUUCGCCUACCUUCCUAUCAUCAAUCGAGGAUGCUAAUGAAGCGCAACUUGAUGCUGGCGUAGUGGAAAAACCGAUCCAGGAUAUCCCAGAUCAGACCCCUACAGUGUCUCGCAUGACCGAGGCCCAAUUAGCAGGAUGUGUCGACUAUUCUGUCUUGGGCAGGUCAUUCAGGGCUCUUAUUGGUGUCGAUCGAACGGUGUAUGACAACAACACACGCCACGGGUUGUUUAGCAAGCCCAUUUGGCCUUGCUUGAAGGUUGAGUAUCUUUGGUUUGACAUGUCGCCCGGAGAAGUUGUCUAUCUGGUAUGGUACAUUCACAAACUGCUGAAUGAAGCGCGUCCUGUCGAGAGUCGUGAGAUCAACGAGGAGAGGUUCUAUGAACUGAAUAGUACGCUUGCAGCUCCACUGGGAGCACCCCGAAGCCACUGUCAAACUCUUCGCGAGCCUGAUGAAAUAGCUCUCUUCUAG